CCACACUUAGGCGAGUAAAUCGGCUAUAUACCGAUAUGUCUUAUUUUAUAAACAAAUGUUUAUAACAGUGAAAAAAGAUAUUGCAACAUUAUUCCGCUUACUUAUCAUUUGACGUGGAAAUACUGAUAAUGCAGAGAUGUUUCAACUUGUAUUAGUAUGUUUGUAUGUGGGUUAUGGUCAAUCAAACGGAGAUACACCUGUUUUGUCACGAAUACCGGACAUUAUCAACUAUCUUUGUCCCGGAAGUGACAUUUGCUUAAGCAAUCGCUCAUCCGGAACUGCAGACGACAUUUCGUUUAAACCAGGAACAGAAUCUUGUUGUGCUGAAUGCUCAUGCUCAGCUGAAUGCCCAGAAACUGGUAACUGUUGCUUUCCGGAUGCAUUGCUAUCUAAAAAUCACAUAAAUGAAAAACUGGAGAAGUUUCAACAUGAUCGUUCUUGCCUUUAUCCAACAUUGCCUUAUCCAGCAAGAGAUGAACAUUUAUAUCAGUCGUUCUUUAUGGUUUCCUCUGUUCAGAACAUUUCAUCGGGCAGUCAGGAAGGCCAAUCUAAUUCAUCCUGUGGUGAUAUAAAUGUUGCUCCCUGGGGCAGUUUUUAUCCCGUUUAUUCUGCAAAGUCAGGACUAAUUUAUAAAAACAUAGAAUGCGCAAAACAAGAUGGUGAAGAUACCGACGUUAUAAUUUGGGAUGCGGUUAUCAAAUGCACAGAUACCGACGCCACGCAAAGUAUCACCAUGCUUUCCAGUAGAACAGAACUAGACUCAUUUUAUGAAAGCUGUCAAAUACAUUUUAUCUUCCCUGGUACUUAUGAUGUUUUACAACCGUUGAAAUGUUACACCAAUCUCAUUGACACUUGCCCCGAAUCUCAGGAUUUUCAAGUGCCUAUAGGAAUAAAUGUUUCAAAAGACGAUAUAAGGACACUCUGUACAAAAAGUGGCAUGGUGUCGCCAUAUCGACCUCGCAAAAUGUAUGCAAAUGUCAUUUGUCACAUUUGUAAUGGAGAGUAUUUUUUUCGUGAUGUAUUUUGCCCAAAAUAUGGUGAAGAUUUUAUCUUUGCAGGUAAAAGUGGUAUUGGAGAAGGAUUUAUAGCACUGAUUGAUGUUAACUUUAUAGCUGUGACUAGUGAUAGACACCAUUCCAAGGUAAAGGAAUUACCAACAGCAUGCGCAAUAAAAAAUGUAAGUUGUUUUGAGUCAGGUUUUUAG